AUGGAGAUAAUUGCAGCUCGUGGACCAAAAUCUGUUGCAAAAAGUGAGGAGGCAGAAAAAUUCUAUGAGGACCCAACAAUUCUACGCAUCGUGGUCCUCGGGAUCUGGGAUUAUAUCGAAAACAAAAUAGAGGUGUUUGAUGGGGCUGUGAUCAUCUUAUCCUUGGCCCCCAUGGUGGCAUCCACCAUUGCCAAUGGUCCCAGCAGCCCAUGGGAUGCCAUCAGUCUGACUAUUGCCCUCCGAAUAUGGAGAGUAAAGAGGAUCAUCGAUGCUUAUGUCCUGCCGGUGAAGGUGGAACUGGAGAUGGUCAUUCAGCAGUAUGAGAAAGCCAAGGUCAUCCAAGAUGAGCAGCUGGAAAGGCUAACGCAGAUUUGCCAGGAGCAAGGGUUUGAAAUCCGGCAGCUGCGAGCACACCUGGCCCAACAGGACCUGGACCUGGCGGCCGAACGAGAGGCAGCCCUGCAAGCCCCUCAUGUCCUCAAUCCUCAGAGCAGCGCGAGGUACAAGGUGGUGGACACGGGGGACUCGGACGAUGAGACCACGGAAAACAUCACGGAGUUGCGGCCCCCUCACGAAGCCAUGGUGAAGGAUGACAUGAAUAGCUACAUCAGCCAGUAUCACAAUGAGCCUAGCAGUGACAGUGGGGUUCCCGAGCCCGCCAUCUGUGUCAUCACCACGGCCGCCAUCGACAUCCACCACCCGGACACCUCCUCCGACCGCUUCACGGUGGACGUGCCCCUGAAACUGGGGGGUCAUGGAACCUGCCCCAGCAUCACGUCUGGGAGCAUGUCGUGCUCCGUGGGCAGCUCGGUCACUUGGGCCCAGAGUGACAGCAGUCAGACCUUGGGCUCCUCCACGGACUUCAGCACGACCCGGGAUGAGUCCUCCGAGCUCUGCCCCUUCCCCCCGACGAAGCCCUCCCAGCCCCAGGUCAACAGCACGGGGGUCCAGGAACUGCUGUCCUCCCUCUCGGAGGAUUCCUGCUUAGGGCAGAAGGACUCGGAUCUAGUGAACCUCGGCAGGCCCAGCCCAGCCACUUCUGCCCUGACCAGCCCAGAGGUGGAGCACAGGGUAAAGAUGUAUAAUGAGAAGAACCAAGAGGGCUUCACCGUCUUUCAGAUCAAGCCAGUCAUCCAUGUUCAGCCAAGCCCCGCCAUGUUGGAGGAGAAGUACAAGUCUUUGGAAUCCAAAGAUCAGAAGGUGAACCGGAUCCCGGAGUCCUGA